ACGUCCACGGUCUGUCCCUCAACUUUUUCCUCCGUUUGAUCACCAAAACAAACUUUUCCAAGAGUUUUAUGGAGCCAGCAAGCAAAUUCACCAAAGUUGCUCCACCCUAUGUUAAUCACAUCAAUAUUUGAAUCACGUUUGUUUCUUUUGACCAAACUUUUUGCCACUCCCAUGAUAUGACAAAUAAACAAUCAUAAGAUAAUGAUUUGAUAUUAGGUAAACCCGAACUAACAUAGCAAAUGACAUGACAACAAAGAAAAAAAAGAGAGAAUCUUGGAAUAGAAGCAAGGCGACCUUUCCUUGUUAUUCACUCGAAGUUGACACGUAACUCUUAAUCAUAUAAAACCACAAAGAUUGAAACACCAUUAAGCAAAACUUUUUUGAAAACUCAUGAUAUUGAGUACAAGGUGAUAAUGCCUCCACAACUUCAUCAAUCUUCACUUCAUAUUCUCAACCCUCUACUCAGAUUCUCACCUCCUUCCUCCCCUGAUAAUCCCAAACAUCAGAAAGAAUCAAAGUUCACAAUGCCAAAGCUCACUGUUCGUAAACUCAUACCUCUUCUUAUCUUCAUCCUUACAAGCUUCUCUGUUCUUCGACUCCUCCGGAUUUCAUUGAAGUCUUCAUCCCCUGCGUCUCGGCCCUUCUCUUCAAACAUAUUUCGUUUGAGUCCUGCUGAGUCCAGCCAGCAGGCUAACGCGAGCCAGAGCGCUCUCACGGAGAAGGAACUCAAGCUCUUAUCAGACACCGUUGCUCUUAGAUCCCCUUGCAACGUUCUUGUUUUCGGGUAUGCACACGAAUACCUCAUGCUAUCUUCAUUAAACACAAGAGGCAUCACCGUUAUUAUAGACGAUGAAUCUUCAAAGAUAAUGACACCAAACAACACAAGAGUCUAUAGCUUGAAAUAUCAUCAGAUGGAAGUCAAAAACACUUACAAGCUGCUUCGACAUGCCCGGUCUAAUCCCUCAUGCGCACCAAAUAUGAAUAAACUACAUCAAGGCUCACCAGACUGCAAGUUGAAACUGAAGGAUUUGCCACAGGAAGUACACAACACCAAAUGGGAUGUGAUCGUUGUGGAUGGGCCAAUUGGGGAUGACUUAGAGGCGUCAGGUAGGAUGGGGAGUAUAUAUACUGCAGCUGUGUUAGCAAGAAGAGGAAGUAGUAACUCAACAACAGAUGUUCUCGUGCAUGACGUGCAAAGGACUGCCGAGAAGUGGUUCUCCUGGGAGUUCUUGUGCCAAGAGAAUCAGGUUUCGGCUAAAGGAAACUUGUGGAAGUUUCGGAUCAAGGGUCAAUCAAAUGCAUCUAGGUUUUGCUCACCAGAAACAUCCCUAGUCAGAUAUUAGCAAAAGAAUUUUACAUCUAGUUUAAGAGCAAGCUUGUUGCUCCCUCAGUUAAACACACUACUGCGUCUUUAUCUCAGAACAGUGUUGAAAAACAUAUUUUCAAAUAAACAUUUCAAUGUAGAAUAGCAAUCAGAGUUUUUCUGGACAAAUGUCAUUCCAA